AUGAUGAAUGGAGGAGACUUCAAGAAGGCUGUGAUUAACAAGGGAAAACAGAUGGCCAGCGUCGCUUCCGCCGCCGCCAACGGCAACGGCGGCAAGAAGAGGAGGAAGGGCACCGAUCUCAAGCCCAUUGUUACCAACGAGACGCCGUCGCUGGCGGACUCGAGCACCGGGACUGUUCCCAGCCAGGGCGUUCCUCUCGCAUCUCCCCCGUCUCACCAGAAAGCCUCUUACGGCAUCCCCCUCUCCCGUUCGCCAUCGUCGUCGUCAGCUGACGAGCCCGAGACGACCGCCGACGAAGAGGACUCCGAGGACUACUGCAAGGGUGGCUACCACCCCGUCCACGUCGGCGAGACCUACAACAACGGACGCUACGUCGUCGUGCGCAAGCUCGGAUGGGGCCAUUUCUCGACCGUCUGGUUGUCGCGCGAUACCACGACUGGCAAGCAUGUGGCUCUGAAGGUCGUGCGAUCGGCUGCCCACUAUACGGAAACCGCCAUCGACGAAAUCAAGCUGCUGAACAGGAUUGUCCAAGCCAACCCGUCCCAUCCCGGGCGCAAGCAUGUCGUCAGUUUGCUGGAUUCAUUUGAGCACAAGGGGCCCAACGGCGUCCACGUCUGUAUGGUCUUCGAGGUCUUGGGUGAGAAUCUGUUGGGUCUGAUCAAGCGCUGGAACCACCGCGGCAUUCCGAUGCCGCUGGUCAAGCAGAUCACCAAGCAGGUGUUGCUCGGGUUGGACUACCUGCAUCGGGAAUGUGGUAUCAUCCACACCGACCUGAAACCAGAGAACGUCUUGAUCGAGGUGGGCGACGUCGAGCAGAUCGUCAAGACGUAUGUCAAAGAAGAACCAAAAGUGGAGAAAGAGGACAACCGUAAUGGCCGCCGACGGAGGAGGACUCUGAUCACCGGCAGCCAGCCGUUACCCAGUCCUCUCAAUGCCAGCUUCGGCCACCUGGACCAUCACAAGCAGGGUAGUUCUCACAACAGCCUCAAUCAGAUGGUCAAUGAGGCAUCUGGGUUGUCUAAGGAAACGAUUCCGGAAGAUGAGAAGCAGAAACAGCGGGAGAAGACCACGCUGCGUGUUAGUGAUCUGCUGGAAAGAGAAGUCUCUGGUAUCUCCUUGGACAAGAACUCCUCCGAGAAAUCCUCCAUGGAAAACCAUGGCGAUAUUAUAUCCGUUAAAAUCGCCGACCUGGGCAACGCCUGCUGGGUCGGCCACCAUUUCACCAAUGACAUCCAGACCCGGCAGUACCGGUCUCCCGAGGUUAUCUUGGGCGCAAAAUGGGGUGCCAGCACGGACGUCUGGAGUAUGGCUUGUAUGAUUUUCGAACUCAUCACGGGUGAUUAUCUCUUUGACCCGCAAUCUGGUACCAAGUACGGUAAAGACGACGACCACAUCGCCCAGAUUAUUGAAUUGCUCGGCUCCUUCCCCAAGUCGCUCUGGAUCUCCGGGAAAUGGUCGCAGGAGAUCUUCAAUCGCAAGGGCGAACUGCGCAAUAUCCACCGUCUGCGGCAUUGGGCGCUCCCGGACGUCCUACGAGAAAAGUACCACUUCUCGGCAGAAGAAAGCAAACAAAUCAGCGAUUUCCUGCUACCUAUGCUGGAACUCCUUCCAGAGAACCGUGCCAAUGCGGGUGGAAUGGCAUCGCACGAGUUUUUGAAGGGCACGCCGGGCAUGGAAUCCGUGGAUCUCGGCAUUCCACCGGGCACAAAAGGAGAGGGCAUUGAAGGAUGGGCGUGUGAAGUUAAACGGAGAUGA